AUGGGAUUCCCUCUUCCGGUUAUCGAUUCUGUUUACACAGCUUCGAAAGAUUUACUAGUGUAUGUGAAGUCAAAGAAUACGCUAUUCCGAGAACUCAACCUCAACUUAAGUUCGUUACUUACAGAUUUGGUUACUAUUAACUCAAAGAGGUUCGAACAUGAUCAGAAAAUCAGUCUUUCGGCAUUAAAUUUAAAAAAAACUGGUGGAUUCAUCACUUUGGAAGAGGAGGCUGAUCAAAUAGAAAAAGAGUUCCAGAUAUUGUACCUCAAGCACCAGGAGGUUUGUCGGCUCCCAUCAGCAGCUACACUCCAUGCUGCAUCGGCUCAGAACUCUGCCUCUACUAUGCCUGCGAUGACCGAUGGAGUUUCCUUGUCUAUAAUGAAUGCGAUCAAGGAAAAAGAUAGGAAGUUGAGCCGGUUCUCAAAAGAAUUCUUUAAUAUCGCGCGCUUCAGUAAAGACAUCGUUAGACUCUCCAGAAGAACUCCGAGGUUGGUCGAAUUGUUAAGCAGGAGUACAUUACAGCUGACUUACAGGAUGGUUAAUGUUGUUGAACUUCAACACCCCUCUCCUAAUCCGGCUCAUCAUGUUAUUCAAAUCAGAGAGAUCCUGAGGCACGUCUCCGAUCAAGGGGUGAAGAAAAUUGUCGUCACGGGGCCUGCUGGUGUCGGCAAAACUAGUUUAUUACGAGGUUUUAAUAAUCAGUUGAAGCAUCUUACCAUGCCAAAGGAUGAUGGCACAGUAGAUUUGGAGUUAGACCUGGUUAUAUGGGUAAGUGUCUCGAGAAAGGAUGGAGUUGAAGAAAUUCAAAACGCAAUUGUGAAACGAUUACACCUGCAGGAUUGCGAUGGUCUAAGCACAAAGGAUAAGAUGGAUGCGAUUUCCAUAUUUCUCAAUAGCCGGAGAUAUGUGGUGAUAAUUGAUGAAAUUCACGUACACACUAAUCUAGAUAGUGUGGGGUUGCACGACAACCAUCCGAAUGGAACAGUUGUCAUUGCAACUAAGAGCACGAGCAUUACACAGAAGGUGGAUGUCAUAAUUGAAGUAAAAAGAUUGUCAGAAGAUGAUUCACUGAUUCUGUUCCGUAGUAUUUACGGUGAAAUUGAAGAAAAAAACAAACAGAAUGCUCAAUUAGCAGUCGUAAGCUGUGGAGGAAUUCCACACAACAUUGAGCUGGUUGCUCGGUUUUUACAAGAAACCAACUCAUUUCCCAAUGUCAUCAACAUUCUAGGUCGUGCUGAUAUAACUCAAGGAAAUGAAAAAUUCAGCGAUGCAUAUUUUCCAAUUUUCGAAAACUUGCCAAAAGACGUACAAGAUUGUUUGUUUUACUGCACAGUGUUUCCUCUGAACCAUAGGAUUCCGAAGGAGUAUUUGGUUGAGUGUUGGUGGGCGGAGGGCCUAUUGGAUGUAGAAGGAUUGCAGAGGUUAAGGGGCGGCAGACUUGAAGGAUGGAGAAUUUUGAACCAACUUAUAGGAGACUAUUGGCUGGACUCGUUUUCCGACGAGUAUGUGAAGAUGCCAAUCUUGUGCAGACACAUGGUCAAGAAAUGGGGUGAUAGUCAAAACCGUGUAGUAUGGGUAGGUGACGGUAGACUUCCCAAUCAAGCUAGGUGGAAGAAAGCAACAAGAGUGCGUGCAACCUCUUGUUCAUUCGAACCGGAUGCUGAAAGUCCGGCAACCAGCAACCUUACUACCCUACUACUGCAAGACAGCCCAGAUUUAGUGCAGAUUAAAGACUCUUUCUUCAUUGGUAUGAAAGAGCUUGCCAUUUUCGACCUGUUUAAAACCGGCAUAACGUCACUGCCAACGUCAAUUUUCGGUUUAACCAAUCUUGUCAGUUUGUAUGUGAACGGAUGCUAUUCACUUAAUGAGCUACCAGCGGAAAUAGAAAACCUGAAGAAACUCGAGCUGUUGGAUACUCGGGGGAGUUCCAUCCGUAGCUUGCCGGUUGAAAUCGGCAAAAUGUCAAGUUUGAGGUGUUUGAGAGUCACGCUGGGGACAAAGGGGUGCAACCGAGAAAUGAGACAAGAGAAGGUGAUCAUUCCUCUGGAAAUAAUUAGAGGACUCGGAAAGUUGGAGGAGUUGAUCAUUGAAAUAGGUUGUUGCAACCGAAGUUGGAGCGAAAUAGUUGAUGAUGUAGUAGAAGAAAUAUCAAGUUUAAAGAUUUUGACAACCCUUCACUUUCAUUUUCCCAAUGUGCAGACUCUCCAAAAAUUUGUGACAGCUAGCAUAUCAUGGAAAAACAUACACACUACAUGGAACGUUUCGACUUUCCAUUCCUUCAAAUUUUCAGUGGGUUGUUGUGAACAAGUACAGUAUGGAGAACUCAAAGUAUCUCAAGUGUUACCUCAAAAACAUCUGAUAUUGUGCAAUGCCAAAGACAUUUCUUUGAUUGACGAAGUGGUAAAGCAGAUGAGUACUUUUGAGGUAGUUAACCAUUCAAGAAUCAAAAGCCUGAGUGAGUUUGAGUUAGAUAAAGCAACUGAACUCAAGGUUUGUGCUGUAAAAGACUGCAAGGAGCUAUUGAGUAUUGUGGAUGGUGAUCAAAUCAAUGAUAUGAGAGGUGGCAUCAUGGAGGGUGUCCUUCAAAAGUUAGAGAAGUUGCAUCUAUUUGGCCUCAUGUCCCUGCAAUGUAUAUGGAAGGGAGAAUUUUUCAAAAUGAGUAUUGCAAAGCUAAAGGUUCUAACAUUGCAUGACUGUCCCAAGCUAACCGAUGUUCUGUCUGUCGAACUAGCACGAGCUCUGUUGAGUUUAGAACAUUUGAGGGUUGAUAACUGUUGCAUUCUUGAACAAAUUAUUAGGGUAGAAACUUCGAACAAUCUAGCUGAUAUUCUACCCAAACUGGAAACUCUUGAAGUUGAGAACUUGCCAAAUCUGAAAACCAUUUGCGAGAGUUACACGAUAAACUGGACAUCAUUGAGAAGGAUCACUAUUAAAGAUUGCAAGAGCCUACAGAGUGUUCCUCUGACACUUAUGUUAAGUUUGUCGGAGGAAGUCAAAAAUUUGUUUGCCUCUCGUGUACUUUCCAGCGAGACAAAUUGA